AUGGUGACUUUAGUGGUGGCGACCACCGCUGAUCCGGCGUCGAUCAACCCUGCGAAAGCCCUCCUGGCCAUGCCCGGUUGGCAGCCGGGGCCCACUCUCGAUGGUGGCAUCAGGAGCUUCAAGAACGGCGACGGCCUUCGGUUAUUGGAACAGGACAAGUUCAUAAUCGACGAAGACGAUCUCGACCUCAGAUGGGAGGCCGCCACCGGUGAGACUGUGUCGGAGCUCAUUUUUCUUUCUCGACAUGCCGCCGUUUCGAAUCGUCCAGCACUAACAAUUCAUCCUAUAGGGGUACCACAUUUGAAGGAUGGGGAUGCUCUACCACAAGGAGGAAGGCCAGGCUGGGCUGCUCCACCUUGUCCACGUAUAGGGCCGUGGCUUUUGCUGCUGAAAAAAAUUGCUGACUCCCACAAUUUACUGCCUGAAUUUGAGAUAACAUUAGAAGCUACUCAUCAUGGACCUGUAACAACAAAACCAACGAUGUUCGUUGAGAUAGGUAGCACAGAGGAAUACUGGGGAAGAGAGGAUGCUGCUCGUGUGGUAGCUCAAUUAGUUUGGGAAGGCCUUGGUCUCGGGGGAGGUAGUCCAGUUGGAAUCUGGAGCAGUACAACCGAAAAGAAGAAAGUGCUGCUUGGAAUUGGAGGGGGUCACUAUGUACCUCGACACAUGGAUAUAAUUAUGAAAGAGGGGAUUUGGGUUGGGCACCUCCUCUCGGGAUACUCUCUGCCAAUGGAGGAUCCUGGAAAAUCGAACGUGAAGGUAACUGCUGAAAGUAUUGGAGGGACAUGGAAAGAGGCCAUUAAAGUUGCUUUUGAUGCUACAAAAGCAGCCUUUCCCGGUGGGGAAAUUUUGGCACAUCUUGAUCAUAAGAGUUUCAAGGGCUGGCAAAAGAAUGCUAUUGUAGAAUUUUUAGGGACUCAAAGCAUAAAGAUUGGCAAGCAGUCGGACUUCUGUUGA